UCUAGUAAUCCUUUCUGCUCUCCACUUUCCCAGGCAUGCGCCAAGGCAAUGACCAUGGUUCUCAGUACCGCUCAGCCAUCUAUCCAACCUCUACCAAGCAUCUGGAGGCGGCCCUGAAGUCCAAAGAAGACUACCAGAAGGUUCUUUCAGAGCACGGCUAUGGCCCGAUCACGACCGACAUCCGGGAGGGACAAACUUUCUACUACGCGGAAGAGUACCACCAGCAGUACCUGAGCAAGAACCCCGAUGGGUACUGCGGCCUUGGGGGCACCGGCGUGUCCUGUCCACUGGGUAUUAAAAAGUAAUUUCUCCGCUUGUGAUCAGCGCUUGAGGUCACAGCAAAAAUGCUUUCAACAAAUUCGGCAAUUCUUUUGUGGUUCAGGUCAGUGGCUUUUUGAAGUGCGCAGAGCACAAAGGCAUUCAUAAAAAUCUGGUGUAAGGAGGUGUAAUUUACAUGAAGUGCAAUGAAUGGCAAGUUGAGAACAUGCAGUUUAUCUUCUAAUAAAUGAUGGUGGGAGUCGAACUGUGACCUACUGGGGUCUGAGUGAGGAUAACGAGGAUGCUGUGUUCCCCUUCUUGGGCUGGGAUGCCUGCCUUAAAAGCUGGGGAAGGAAGCUGGGAGAUUGUCGGACCAGAUGAGGCACAUCGGACACCCUUUAACUGUGCCCUGUCCCAUCUUACCUGCCCUCUACCCUCUAGUGCCUUAAAAUCUUCAAUCAUUUAUAGCCUCAGUGAAUCAUUCACUGCAAUACUUUGCUCUGUUGAUCCUGUAUGUGUAAGGGGCUUUCUCUCCUUUUCAGCCCUCCCGUGGCAGAGAAAAGAUGUGAGUUAGCUUGAUGAAUUGAAAUGCUUUGCUUACAGCUAUAAGAAAUUCUUGUUCUAAUAAAAGUGUGCAAUCUAAUACAAA